AUUCUUCGUAGCUAUACUUUAUCAAACAAAAAGCAUCAAAUUAAACCUUCAAUUUAUUAAUCACCCACUUUUCCACACCCUACCCUUUAAUUUCUCUUUAAAUCCCACUCAUGUACACUCUAUCUCAACUCUCGCCAAUCGAGAUCUUCGAGGGUAAAAUUGUCCCGAUCGGAUAUUUGUGCAGCCGCAUUAAGGUUAAAUCAAAUAUCUUCAUCUCCCACUCUAACGCCGCCACCACUGCAAUCAGCAGCAGCAGCAGAAAAGACAAUCCGGCGAUCUACGGCAGAUUAACUGGUGGCGCAGCCGUACCCGAACGGAAGCUUACGAGAGCAGCACACAUGGCUUCAGCAAAUGUUGGCGAAACGGACGAUCGUAUCUCUCGGAUCUCCUCCACCAUUCGGGUCAUACCCGAUUUCCCCAAACCUGGAAUUAUGUUUCAGGAUAUAACGACUUUGUUGCUUGAUCAUAAGGCGUUCAAGGACACGAUCGAUUUGUUUGUUGAGAGAUAUAAAGACAAAAAUAUCAAUGUUGUUGCAGGUAUCGAGGCAAGAGGUUUUAUAUUCGGCCCUCCGAUUGCAUUGGCUAUUGGUGCAAAAUUUGUUCCUAUGAGGAAGCCCAAAAAACUACCCGGUAAGGUAAUAUCGGAAGAGUAUUCGCUGGAGUACGGAACUGACAAGAUGGAGAUGCAUGUUGGAGCUGUCGAAGCUGGAGAACGCGCACUUAUUGUUGAUGAUCUCAUUGCUACUGGGGGAACCUUAAAUGCUGCGAUCCGCUUACUUGAGCGCGUUGAAGUAACCGUGGUUGAGUGUGCCUGUGUUAUUGAAUUGCCGGAACUGAAGGGUCGGGACAAGUUAGGAGACAAGCCACUGUUUGUUCUUGUGAGCUCGUCAAUCUGAGGAAAACAGAUAAUCUAUGAUGCCAACAAAUAAUUUGAUGUAAUAAUAUUUGGCAGAGUUCUUAGCUUAUUCUUCUUCAUACCUGUUAUUGAUUAACAAAUUCUACUGUAUUAUUAUUCAUCUAAACACAUUGUUUGUAUUUGUGAGAGACCAAUACCUCUUUCAUUUGUAUGGAAUAUUUUAUGUUCUGUCAA